CAGAGCACCCAUACGCGACCCCCCCCCCCCCCCACACACACACACGCACACGCAUACACAUUCACACACACACAUAGCCGUCAUCAUGUUCAAGCGGUUUUCCACGCGGCGGAAGACAAAGGCAAAGAAAGGCGAGGAGGCCGCCGCCAAGGAAGACUCCGUGUAUGGCAUGACCACAGGCUCAAGCAGCACGCUCCCACCAAACCUGAGUGGCGGCGAGAUGCAGGCCAUGCUCCGCCAACAGAGCAAGCGCGAAAAGAAAAAGGACAAGAAGAAGGACAAGGCCGCAAAGGCCCACACAGACGGCAGCGCCAGCAGUGCCAGCAGCGCCAGCACGGGCCAGGGAGCCGCGUCGGCCAGCACAGCCAGCAACGGCACAAGCACAGAGGGUCCCCUCGAGGGCACCUCGCUGUUCAAGGUCAAGUACAUGGGCGCGGUGCAGGUGACGGGCAGUGCCGGCGACCACGUCGUUGCUGCAGCCGUCAUCAAGGUGCGGGAUGAGAAGCGCGAGCCCAUCAAAGCCUUCAUCAUCCUGCGUCAGGACUCGUUGGUGGUGGCCACGCGCAAGACUGGGGAGGUGCUGCAGAACCUCGACCUGGCGUGCAUCAGCUACACCAGCGUCAACCCAGCCGACCCAAAGCAGUUUGCCUUCAUCAGCCAAGCGCGCAGCGGGCGCCUCUACUGCCACGUUUUUCAGAACAAGGACAAAGGCAGCGACGCGCCCCACGCCAUCAAGGCCGCCAUUGCAGAGUACACCCAGACCGUGUCCCAGCUGCUGACGCUUCGGCGCGGUGCUGGCCCUGUGCUCGGCAACUCCGCGCCAUCAUCAUCGUCGGCAGCGUCCUCGGGGUUUGCACACAGCACAUCCAUGCGCGUGUCAUCUGGGGGGCCAUCACGCCCACCGCCAUCAAUGUCGCAAUCGUUCCGCGCACCGCCGCCACAGCAACGACAGCAGCAGCAGCAGCAGCAGCGACAACCACAACCACCACCACCACAGCAGCAGCAACAGGGUGGCGGAGGCGACGGCGUAUCACGCGGGCGGUCGUCGAGUAUGAGUGGCAUGAGCAUGCGUGCGCGGUCGCGAUCACGGUCCGGGUCGUUGUCGGCGCGCGUGCCGGCAGAGACGCUGCCGCCCGAGGGGAAGACGUUUGUGGCGGUGUAUCUUGGGUACGAGAUGGUGGCGCACCUGGCCGGGAAGAUGGUGUGCAUGACGGCGGUGAAGCGAAAUAGCGACCGGUGGGCAACCAUCAAGCAGCAGCGGCAGCACGCGGACGGCAAGAGCGUGUCCCUGCAGGUCACCAACUAUGCGAUCCGUACCAUCGACAAGCGCAGCGAGGAGCCCGUGUUUGCAGACUUUAUCAAGCACGUGUCGUUCACGUGUGUUGCGCGCAAGACGCAGGCGUAUGAGUUGUUCACGUACAUUUCGCACGACGAGCGGCUCAAACGCACCAUCUGCCAUAUCUACCGUGUCACCCCGAACAUGGGCGACUCAAUCUGCUCAGCCAUCUCACAGGCGUUCAGCUAUCUCGCUGCUGUUGAGAAGGAGCGUGGCAGCAAUCCGUUUGCCGUGGCCGACCCGCGCCGCGAGCCCGUCAAGGGCCCCCUCUUCCACCACCAGAUCCACCGCGCCCAUCUCACCGCCAUCAAGCACAUUGGCGGCGGGCAGUUUGGCGACGUGUUCCUGGCGCAGCAGCAGGUGAAGGACGGCACGGGCGACAACGGAGGCAGCACCCUACUCAGGGCCGUCAAGAUGCUCAAGAACGCAGCAAACGAGGCAGACAAGGAGGAGUUCCUGCACGAGUCGCGGACGAUGCUCGAGGUUCAAGGCGGCGAGCACCUGGUGCAGUUCAUUGGCGUGGCGCUGCAGCAGAAGCCGUGGCUGUGCGUGCUUGAGUUUAUGAAGUACGGCGACCUCAAGACGGUCCUCCUCACCUGCAAGGAGAAGCACCUCGACCUCACCCUCUUUGAAAUCCUGCGGUGGUGCUUCCAGCUUGCUGACGGGAUGGCGUUUAUGGCGUCGAAGCGGCUGGUGCACAUGGAUCUUGCCGCGCGAAACUGCAUGCUCACACACAACAACCUCGUCAAAGUCGGCGACUUUGGCCUCACGCAGCGUCUUGAUGAAGGGGAGGACCACUUUGUGCUGCGCAAACGGCUCAAACUUCCGCUGAAAUGGAUUGCAAUUGAGGGCCUGGAGCAGAAAAUCUUCUCAGAGUUCUCGGACUGCUGGUCCUUUGGCGUCCUCAUGUGGGAAAUCUUCAGCUACGGCGAGAUUCCAUAUCCGGAGGUGGAGGUGAAGGAGAUCUUCAUGCGCGUGCGCGAGGGCCUUCGUCUCACACAGCCGCCAAACUGCCCCGACCGCAUGUACUCGAUCAUGGCCAAGUGCUGGAAGCGUGACCGCCGCACCCGCUGGACGUUUGCUGCUCUGCGCCGCAUGCUCGAGAGCGAACUCCGAUAUGUCAAGGACUCCACAAACAGAGACAUUGGCGCCACCGUCCACGACCUCAAGGGCGAGACCAUUGAUGACAACGUCGAUCCAAACGCCAACCCCGACACCACGCUGGUUCGCACGCGUUCCCAGAGCAUGCACGCUGCCCGCCCCGCCGCAAGGCCCCCACCGUACGCCUCUUUGCCACUGCACCAGUUUGUUUUGUGCGUCUCGGAGACGUCGACGGACACGGUGCCGCUCGGGCGACCUGCUGCUGAGUCGUCAACAGAUGGCCCUCCGCCGCCGCGGCCUCCGAAGAAGGCGUCACUGCAGCGUGCAGGCAGUAUGCCACCACGCAGGCCAAGCGCAGGCAGCGACGUGCAACAGCAGCAACAACAACAGCCACCACCGCCACUGCCACACCUGCACCCGAAGCCGCCGUCGUUACAGCCGAAACCGCCAUCGCUGCAACAGCAGCAGCAGCAGCAGCAGCAACAGACGGGGCAGGACGAGCCACCACCACCGCCUAUUCCGUCCAAGCCAAAGCCUGGGCACCUCCUGCCACCAUCUUCGUCAUCACCAACGCCAUCAUCAUCGUCAGCGACAGCCCCUCCGCCCGUACGACCCCCGAUCACAUCAGCGCCGUCCAGCUCACCUGCCCCUCUCCGGCCCCCAACAAUGCCAACUGCAUCAUCAUCAUCGUCACUGCCGCCACCAGCAGAUGUACCACCACCGCGUCCGUCAAAACCGAAACCAAAGACGUCUCUCGCACACAGACUCCAGUCAGCACAGGACGGGUCGGCGGAGAAUCGGGCUGCUGUUCUCGCCCGUCGCCGUGAGCAGGAGAGGCAGCUGCAGCAGAGGGCUGACAGGCUCCACGUCUCAAAGCAGGCACAAUCGAAGCUCGGCGUAAAGCAGGGCAUGGCUGGGAUGCUGCAGUCGCAGGAGGAGAAGAGGAGCAAGAUCUACCAGGCCCUCAACCCAAAGCCGCUCUGGUUCCAAACCGCAAGGGAGAGGGAGGAGCUUGAGGAAGAGAAGGUGGAUCUUGGGCUGGUUGUGUGCGAUGACGAUUUGAAACCACAGCGUGGCGGCGGUGUUGGUCCCGGUCUGCAACCGCCACCGGGCGAAGGGUUUGGGUUUGGGGAUGAGAACGAUGACGAUGAUGAUGAUGACGACGAGGACGACGAGGAAGAGGAUGACGACUUUGAUGAGAGCAACUUGCCCGGGUUUGAUGAGAUUGCGGAUUUGCUGAAGGAGCGACGGGCUGCGCGCGCGAAAGCGGAGGAGGAGCGACGCAAGCAGCUGCAGCUCAUGCAUCAGCAGCAGAGGCAGCAGGAGGAACAACGCCUCCAACAAGAGCUCCAGGUUAUUCGGGAACGGGAGGCGCGCGAAGAAGCAGCCAGGGUUGCUGCUGAGGAGCGUGAGCUUGUGGAGGCGCGGAAGCGCGCGGAGCAGGAGCUCACCUUCGACUUUACCUUCAACUGACGCCACUUCUUGUGUCAUUCGUGUGCCACUUCUUGUGUCAUUCGUGUUUGUUGUUUGUGCGUUGAGAUUCGUGCUUUGACGAAACUCUGAGGAUGAUGAUGCGCUAUUGUUGUGUGAUGUUUGCAGUGCACUAAGUGUGCGGUGAUCGCUCGCGUGUUUGAUCAUUACCCCUAGCAUGUGCUUCCCUCUUCUUUGUCUUCCUCCUUCCUGUGACGUUGAUUCUCGAUAACUGUCUCUUCUCUGAUGUUGGUUUGAAUGUAGGCCUCCCCCCCCCCCAAAUAGUCGGCAGGG